CCCGGGGCCCGCGCUAUAAAUGCCCUGAUCGAUGAGCAGAGCUGGGCAGGACAGAGGGAGGCCGGGCCGGGCUGGGCUGGGCUGCUCUGAACUGAGGAGGAGACGCCGAGCCGGGCACCCACCAUGUGCUCCCUCACCCGUGGGCUGGCGCUGCUGGGCGCGCUGCUGUGGGCACCGUGGUGGGCACUGGACGGGGCACCGCUGCCCGAGCUCUCCGGGGACCUGGACUUCCAGCUCUUCCUGCAGAGGAACCUCGAGUUCACCCGCAAGAUCCGUGGGGACGUGGCCGCGCUGCAGCACGUGGUGUGCGACACCUUCCAGCUGUGCAAGGAGGAAGAGCUGCUGCUGGUGCGGCAGGACCUGGACAUCGCGCAGGUGCCGCUGGAGCAGUGCCACAGCCGCUCCUUCCAGGCGGACACCUGCUUCAACCAGAUCCGCGCCGGGCUCCGCGCCUACCACGGCUCCCUGGCCGCUGUGCGGGACCUGCUGCCCCGCCACGCCGGGCUGGUGGAGACCCUGCAGCUGGACAUGGCCAACCUGUCCUCCAACAUCCAGCAGCAGAUGGAGGACCUGGGCCUGGCCACGGUGACAUACCCGGCAGAGAACCCGGACCCCCUGCCCACCUUCUCCUCCCACUUCCACCACCAAGUCGGCGGUUUCUUCAUCCUGGCCAACUUCCAGCGGUUCCUGGAGACGGCAUACCGGGCACUGCGGCACCUCGCCCGCCUCUGACCCCUGCUCGUGGAUGUCCCACCCGAGGGACAUCCCAGGAGCGCCCCGUUUUCUGCUUAUUUAAUAUUUAUGGCUAUUUAAUAUUUAUCUGGCCGGGGAUGCUCCCCCCGCUCCGGGGGUCCCCGCGGCGGAUCCGUGCACGGGUAUCUGUGCAGCAUCACCCUUGUUUAAUAUUUAAACACAAGCGUAUCUCUGCUACGAGGUUCGGGAGCUGGGCAGAGCCCCCGCAGCUGCCGUGGCACCGCCUGUGCCUCCGUUUCCCCACGGUUUGCGCUGCAGGGGCUCCCCUGCAGCAUCCCACGGGAAACCGCCUUCAUCCGAGGAUGAGGAUGCUCCAGAGCAGCAUCUCCCUGCCUGGGCUGCAGCCUGCAGGGACACAUCUGACGGGUGUUAUUUCUAGUAAUUAAUAUUUAGUAGCCAUUAGGGAGGGAGAGGAGGAUGGAAAUGCCGUAGGGAUGCGACCCACCCGGAACGAGGCUUUUCUGGGGAGCACCAGCGCUUGGGGGGGCUGUUUCUGCUCUGUCCCCGCCUUCCCUGCCAAAAUUCAGGGUAUUUAUUGCAGUUUAACUUAUUCAUGCCCAUCCCUGGCCGGGAGGAGCUGCUUGGACACGGUCCCAUCCCCCUGAGCCUGACGCAGCCCCGGUCCCGUGGCCGUGUGGGAGCUGCGGGCGGGGGGCGGCGGAUUUUGUACUGUAUUUAUUGCUCCAGUUGGGUCAGCCCCGAGGAACA